GUUGUGGUUUCUUUUCAUGAGCAAUUUACCGAGUACGAUGAGACUUCCGACACCCGUGCUGUUAGAACAACAACGGACUAUUUUAGACCUCCGGCUAUAAUUUCAGGUCAUUAUGUUCUUGGUUCUGUUAAUGGUUUAAUUUGUUUCAAUGCAUGCUAUGGUGAUGACUGGGUUUACUAUCAACCUGCCUACAUCUGUAAUCCCGUCACUAGAGAAUAUGUUAUGCUUCCUAAACUUGAGAGAGAAGUACAAGUGAUGUGUGGAUUUGGCUACAUUCCUUCAACUAAUGUGUACAAGGUUGUCAGGAUGUACGAGUUAUCUGACAAACAUGUACAGGUUGAGGUUUACACUCUUGGAAGUGGCCAAGGGUGGAGAGAUAUUGGACAACUAGAGCAUGCUGUUAGAUGUUAUUUAUUACCCGGUGUGUUUGCAAAUGGAGCUGUUCACUGGCUCAAUACAGAGCAAACCAUAUUUUCAUUUGAUCUGGCAGACGAAAAGUUCAGUCAAUUUCCUUCACCAACUUUUUUGCCACGACCUGGUAAUCGCUUAAGUUUAGGGCUCUUGGGUGAUAAUUUAUGUGCUACUUACGGAAACAGUGAUAGGUUUUCUUCUUAUAACCCUUUUCAUAGAAACCAUGACAGGUCUUUUGACAUAUGGUUGUUAAAGAAGAAUAAGGAUGACCAUGGGAUGAGUUGGAUUAAACAGUUUAAUCUCGUUGGGUACGAACCGUUUGCAUUUACAAAGAGUGGUGGGCUUCUGUGUUAUGGUUCCGAUAGGAAGAAUAUAUAUCAUUACAAUCCAAAAGAUGCAUCUUCCAAAAUGGUUAUAAAGUGUGGCUACUUGAAUCUUGAAGCAGUCCUUCAUAAGAAUACUUUUGUUGGUCUAAGAAGUUAGGAGAAACAGAUACGGAAACUAUGGAGUGCGGUGACAGAGCAAGAUCAAGUGAGGAGAUAGAAAGCGAUGCCAGUGAUUAGCCUAAGAAGCAAUUGUACAGCAUGAGAGAUCUCUAGGUGUAUGUACCAUAGUCUUUGGAAGCGCGGGCAGUAACUACUGUUGCCAAGUCUGCAAGAUAUGCCGAGGUCAAGCUCUUCUUGCAGCUGCACUUUGGCUCAAAGAUCUUCAUCAGCAUCUAUCUAUUUCUCAUGUCAUCCUUGAAGGAGUGCAAGAAUGUCAUCACUGCUUUAAACUCUAGGUGCCAUUUGUUAGAAAAAUAAUAAUAUCCUGCUAGUGAUUUCACUGUCAGGUGUUUUAUCUUAGGCACAAUAACUUUCUUCUAAUGCAAGAUGGU